CAUCACAUGGCAGGACUUAUGUGCAGCUAGAGUGAGAGAAAUCGAGGAAGACGGAGGACGAGGAGGAGGAGGAGCACAAUCGGCAAUUGCGCUCGAACCGGAUAGCGGUCGAAAACUGAACCGAAAGAGUCGGCGAAGUACUUUCUUCAGGUUAGCGGGCAGCGAAAUUAGCCCGGCAAUUGGCGGCAGUGAAUGGUAGGAAAUCGCGGCGGAACCGGAUAAUCGCAUGCGCCACCGCCCACGACGAGCGACUGCUCUCGCUCUCGCUCUCGGCUCAGAGGUGCAGCCGAAUGUGCUGCCGGGAUCUGCACAUUGGAAUGCACGCACGCACGCCCCGUCGCCCUCAAGUUCUUGCUCGCUCGCGGUGCCCGUGCAUGCGAGAACGAGGAGUGUCGAACUCCCGAGGCCUGUGAUCGUUUCCCCGUCGUGUUCCGAGUCACCGCUGAUGAAAAUUGGGUGCUCUUGUGAUCCGCCGGCGUUUCGAGGGUUUUGGGAGCGCUGAGUGAGACGGGCCAUCUGGGGCUAAACCCCUCUAGUGCUUGCUCGGACAGGGAGCGAGGCUCGCUCGCUGCAAGCAAGCACCAUGGCUAUGGUGGUUCUGCCCACUUCACCUGGCUUUCUUACGGUUCCCUCUUAUUGUAGGGGAGCAGAAGGGUCCCUCGGAACCUGCCCGUCGUGGCAAGCCAUGAAUUCAAUUGUGUUUAGUCCAUUCAGUUCGAGUUGUAGGUUGAGAUUUGUGUGGAAUCCAAUUGAUAUUCGGCACUUAGGAGUAGGAAAGCAGAGAAGACGGUGCAGAAUUUCGAAUUCAUCCCCAGCAGGCCAGGCCGCGGGCGAAGGGUUUAAUGAGCAUAGUUUGGAGUUCGAGUCAAGAACAAGAGCGCAUUUGUUGCGGAGCCCCGUUUGUAGCCUGUCUGUUUCUCUUCCAGGCUGCUCUGCAGCAUUCGAUAGACAUAAAUUGAAUGGGAAAUUGAGGUUUGGGAGGCAGAGGCGAGGAGUCGUGGUCGCUGUGUCGGCGAGCAGUCGGGGACAAGAUUCAGAGGAGGGGGACGCGGAUGAACAAGGCCAAAAUAGGGAGGAUGUUGAGGACGUGAGGGAGAUAAUUGAUGUGCCCAAUGAGGUAGAGGCUAGGAAUGCUAGAAUAGAAGCAGAAAUCAGGUCAAAGGAGGAGCACAAGCAAUAUAGGGAGUCCUUGGAGUCAAGGAGGAAGAAAUUUUUGCACAAUCUUAAAGAGCAGCACAAAGUUUACAAGGCUGACAGAGAUGAAUGGGGUAUAGGAUUGAAACCCAUCUUUACAGUAUAUGAAGAUGCUCAAGGUAAGCGCUACAAGGUGGAUGUGGAUGAAGACGAGAUUUGGCUGAGGAGUGGAGUAGACCCGCUGUUUCCUCAGUUUGCCGACGACGAAGCUAGAGAAGUAGUCGAAAGGAAUAUUGCGAAGGCCAAUUCAUUGGCUCGGAAGAUCGUCGAGGGGAGUUACGAGCCUAAUGAGCUGAGCGUUCUCUACAAGUUUCAAAAGGCGGGGCAGGAAACAACUGUAGGGUCCGUCAGAUGGGAUGGUGAUAAGGACACUUCUCAGAACUACCUCCCGGCUCCUCUGCAGAAGAUGAAUUUUGUCACUGUAUUUGCCCUCACUGUGGUGGGGGGUUUUGCAUAUAAAUGGUGGACUGGAAGGAAACCGAAGGUACCGAAUCCGGUGGUUGACGAGCAAGAGGCGCGACUGAUGAAGAUGAGGAAAUUAAAGGCCAAAAUGAAUCAAAAGCAGGUUAUUGAAAAUCCGGAGGUCAUAGAGCAGGAUCCACCAAAGAAAGGUGGAGAUGCAGCAGGUAACAAGCGUGAACCUCCAGAAGUGGAAGCCAAAAAUGCCGUGGUGGACGUAACUCCUACUCCAACUCCUGGAUUGAAACCCAGCUUUGAGGAUGGAGAGUUCCAAAAGAAAGUUGAAGAAAUUCGAGCUAUGGCUAGAGAGGCCCGGCUACAGGAGGAGAGGAAUGCCGAUUUGCGCUUUGAGAAAAAUUCGGAAAGAACGCAAAGGCAGCGCUCGAUGGAGGAAGAGAUGCAGGAGAAGAAUCGCGCUAAAGAGCUUGAAGCAUUAGCCAAAAACUUGGAUGAUGUGCGCCGCCUUGGAUCCCUGGAUGGCGACUUGACGUCCACGCCCGACAUGGAUUUCAAGGAAAAGUCACUGAAUCUUGGUUCUGAGGUGGCAGCAAAACCCCAGAACGGGAAGCCUCCGACAGUGCAGAAAUUAGAGUCUAGCAAGUCAGAUAGCAACUCAGCCAGUGGCAAUGGCAUGCCUAAGAAGCCCGAAUCGACGAUGCCCACAAAUGGAAAAGCAGUACCACCGGCACAGCCGUCCGUUGGCGUGAAGCCCCGGAUAAUUUUGUCUCCAAAGGAGGCUAGGGCGAGUAUUGCUGCAAAGAGGGCCAGAUUGGAGUCAGGUGAUGCAUCGCCAUCAACUGGAAAAGCUGGUUUCAGUGAAAAUAUGAAGGCUAAGAUCAAGAGUAAACGAGCGAAAGCUGCCGCAGAGGCUGCUAAAGGGAUCGCAAAAGACGCGUUUAAUGGAGCUUCGAGGGGUUCACCGAACGAGUUAUCCCAGGAUGUUUCAAGUGCGACCUCCCAGGAGGAGUUGAAUUCUGAUGUUGGUGGAAUUUCAGACAGAGUCACGACGAACGGUCAGGUUUCUCGUUUGGACGCAGAGCCUGUACCAGCUGUGCAGUCUGGGCAGAGAGACAAUGGGGCUUCGUUAAAUGGGGCGUCAUCAAAGACAUCUGCCGAAGGAUCUUCUGAGCAGCCUGUACCUGAGUCAAAGAUAGAGGAGAGAAAAGUCGGAAAGGGAGGAGAGAAGAAGCCCAAAUCAUCGAAAGAAGAAGAGGAGGAGCAAGAGUGGAUGAGUGAUGAAGUGCUACGUGACAUUGUUUUCAAGGUUCAAGCUAAUGAAGAAGCAGGCCGCGAACCUUUUUUUAAUCUGAACUCUGAGCAGGAGAAACGGUUUUUCAAAGGAUUAGAAAGAAAAUUUGAGCGGGAAGGAGACCGUGUGAAAUCCUGGAUCAAGGACCGAGUUGAGAAUAUCGACUAUGGAGCAGAUGGCGUCAGCCUAAUGGACCCUCCAGAAUCGUAUACCGCGAAGUGGAAGGAGGGGGCUGAUCCUUCUGGUCAAACAUCUGACUUGGCAAAGAAGUUUAGUGAAGAUCGCAAGCGCAUCUUGAAAAAACAGAGUGGGUUGGAUUACACGUCCUCACCGUCCAUCGACGAGGAUGAGGAUGUUCGACCUAAGCAAUCUAGCAGUUCCCCAGUUUCUCCAUCAGUUUCACCAUCAAAUGUCACGACAACUAACGUAGGCCGAGGUAAAGCUAAAGAGACCAAGUCAGGUACUGCUAAGACCACUGUUACUUCUAGUGGCAGGCCUGCCGCCUUCACUCCAAAUCUCCCAAGCAACGGUGAGAAUGAAGAGGAGCAAGUUGAAAAUUGGCAAAAUACCAAGCGGUGGGCCCAAGAUUUGCAGAGAAAAUAUGAACUGGAAAAAGACCCCGAAACCAGAGCUCUAAUGAGGGAAAUUGGUCAGGACCUCGACAGGUGGAUCACCGAAGAUGAGAUUGAGGAGGCGAACAGACUACUUGAGAAAGGUGUCGAAGGUGAACAGGAGUAUGUGAGGAUGCACUAUGAGAAGACGAAGGCAAAGAUCAAAGAACAGAGAGAUUUGUUUGGUCGGGAAGCGAUGAUGAACAAGUACGGAGAGUACAAGCCGGAACAAGAAGAACCCGAGCUCUGGUGGUUUGAUCUUCCAUAUGUUCUGUGUUUAGGGCUGCAAUCAAGAAUAGAGGGUGAGAUGCAAAGUGGUCUGUACUCUGUAGAUAUGAGCCCUGCUAUGGAAGGUGUUGGAAACUCCAGCGGUAUGGUUCACACGGUGGCAUUUCAAGAUAGGGGAGAUGCUCACAAUUUUUCCAGGCUCUUGGAACAAGAAUCGGAGAAGCUUGGUGCAGAGGCAGUACAAGUAGUACCGUUUGAUCCAAAGGAGCUCUAUAGAGAUGCAGGAGCAGAAGGUUACAAAGUCACGGUAAUAAAGAAGGGGCAACUGCAGCUUUCAAUAGAUCAGACAUUAGAGGAAGUGGAAUCAAGGAUUCUCGAAAUUGGUACUGCCAGGUACUAUGAAGACCUGCUCCGCGAUAGAUCCAUAGAUAUGGACGCAGUGCUGGAUGAUGGGCUAGGCUACGGUCAAACACCUCAAAUUUGAGGAAUCUCUUAGAGUGAUUCAUGUAAAGUAUCUCAAUUGUAUCUGUAGUGUAACUCAAUUUUGCACCUAUACGUCAUCUCGUGGAGGCAUUGUUUCCAGCACAUGGGGGCGGACAAAUUUCCUUACACACAGUUCUCUGUCUCUUAUGAGGCUUAGAGUCAACUUCGAUAGUAUGGAAGAAGCUUCUCCAUGGUUUCCAUCUUUAUUAGUUACAAUACAUAGGAAACGGACGUUUUGGUUCAGAAACAGGUCGAUAUUCCGUUCCUCUCAGAGUGGAUAGCAUGAUGUUAAUUCGAAAGAGGAUCUCACAGAACGAGGCCUUGUGGUUUAUAUUUUUGUGUACCAGUCACUUUACUCUUUAUCCAAAUUGGACUGUCAUUGAGACUGCAGCGUUUACUAGUACUUAAGUUUUUGUACCUCCCAAGCCCUUCACGUCUUCCUGAGCGUUUAGACCGAACGAAGUAGCUGAUAGUUGGACGUUAGUGGAAGUAAGCUCUUCCCUUACUAGACAUUCUAACCCUCCUCAUGUGUGUCGG